AUGCCAAUCAAGAGAGGGCAUGUUGCCCCUCAAAACACCUACAUUGUUACAUUAAUCAGAAGUUUUGAUUCCCAAUGCAUAAAUUUCCUCGCUGCCAAUGCUAUGUUUCACACGAAGCCAAUAAUCUAUUGCAGUGAUGGAUUGUGUGAAUUGUUUGGCUAUACAAAGGGACAGCUGAUGCUCAAAUCUUCUACCUUGAAAGUACUUUAUGGCUCCGAAACUUCCGCUGAAUCCAUUGAAGCCUUAUGCUUAGCACUGGAGGAAACGAAAGAAACAGAAAUCACCAUGAACUUGUACUCGAAAGAAGGAUCUCAGCACCACCUUUCACCGGGCUCCAGUCACAACAGUGUCACUGCUUGCGAUACCGGAGUUGUAAACCAAAGCGCACGAGAUCGGAUCCGUCGAAACAGACCGAUAUCACUUUUCCUUCCUGAUCGUACCGGCCGAUCAAAUGAUUCAAAUCGACUCCUAAGAGCACCAAACUCUGGUGUUCGUGAUAGUGAUGACAAGGCAAACGCGGUCAAUACUUCUAACGACGCUCCAUCAACCAAGUCUCGUGCAGCCACGUGGUAUCGAACGCGAACAGCCAGCGAAGAGGACAGCAGUUCUGUGUUGCUCCGUCCGUUUAAUGCUCGUGGACGCAGUGGAGCGCACAUCAAUACUGCCGAAUCGGAAGCACUUCGUUUGGUUUUGAGCAGUCACACCGAACCAACAAAAUCCUCAGUGACAGAAAAGUUUGCGCAGUUUCUGUCGAUGGAUGAAGACCUGCAUGUCGAACAUCGAUUCCAGUCGCCACGGAUGCACAAAUUCACACUCAAACACUACAGCGUGUUUAAAGCAGUAUGGGACUGGAUCAUUUUGGCACUCAUUAUUUACACUGCCAUCGCGACACCGUACACGGCUGUGUUUCUAAUUGAGAAUGGAAACAAAUAUGCCAAGUUAAUUGCGUAUCGCAACAAUUCCCAAUGGGACUCCUAUGCCGGUUCAAAUUUGUCGGGGUUCAACGGUACGUCAUCGCGCAGUCUCAGCAGCUCGUCGUCAGCCUUGCUGUCCACUGUGGACAUCCUGGUAGACAUAAUGUUUUUCGUGGACAUUCUGAUCAACUUCCGGACCACGUAUGUGAACAAAAAUGACGAGGUGGUUUCGCAUCCUCGACGUAUAGCGACACACUAUAUCAAAGGCUGGUUUUUCAUCGACCUAGUCGCUGCUAUCCCCUUUGAUUUGAUCUUCUUCCAAUCAUCUGGUGAACAGCCCACCGCCCUAACUAGCGUGCUCAAGUCAGCCCGUCUGUUACGACUUGUUGGAAUAGUUCGGAAGUUGGAUCGGUAUUCGGAAUACGGAGCGUCUAUUCUACUCCUAUUGACGGCACUGUUUGCCUUGAUUGCCCACUGGUUGGCUUGCAUUUGGUACGCUAUCGGCCACGCUGAGCAUCUACGACGGGAGCCCAAAAUCGGUUGGCUCGACACACUGGCCGUGCAAACGGAACAAUUCUACACGGACGAUCCGCAAUCCGGUCCCAAUUUGCCGACNCCUCGAUCGGAUUCGGCAAUGUCAGUCCGAAUACGAAUGCGGAAAAAGUGUUCUCCAUUAUUGUCAUGCUUGUCGGAUGAAGAGGUCAACUAUGCCUACAUAGAUCUAAAUAUAUCAGACGGUAUGGGAGGUUUUAUUACGCACUUCAUCGCAGCCGGCCCCAUUGGUGAGAAUGAACGGGCUUCACAACCAUCUGAUCGCGGUUACCCAUACCCUGUGAUCGGCGUCAAUGUUGUUGUGAAUGUUGAUCCUGUUGAUCACACAGCCCUUAUGUACGCAAGCAUAUUCGGUAAUGUGGGUGCACUGAUCCAACGAUUGUACAGCGGGACCGCACGCUAUCAUGCCCAAAUGCUCCGGAUCAAAGAAUUCAUCCGAUUUCAUCAAAUCCCCAGUCCACUGAAGCAACGUCUGGAAGAAUACUCCACUCAAGUGUGGGAGCACACAAACGGGAUCGAUAUGACCAUGGUACAAUACAGUUUCCCCGAAUCGCUUCAGUCCGACAUUUGUCUUUACGUCUAUCGGGACUUUCUAGGCGGUUCAUCUGCAUUUAAAUGUGAGUCCGAACAUGUUUGUGUCACUGGCCGGAUUGCACUUGGUAACUAA